GUCGGCAGCCAGCCUCAGCCAGUCGCGUGCCGACAGUGCCACACAGCGCCACACAGUGCCACACAGCGCCACACAGCGCCACCACACAGCCACCACACAGCGCCACCACACAGCGCCCAGACUCAGGAUGAAGCAGGCAGCAGCCAGUGUGCUGCUGCUGGCGGCAGUGUGCCGGGCUCAGCUGGAGGUGGUCAGCCAGUGGCCCUUCCUGCAGUUCGAUGUGCCGGCAGACUUCCCGAAAGGCAGCUACGUGCCGGAGAACAACGUGUUCACGGGGCUGGAGGUGGGCUGGGGCCGCGUGUUCCUCAGCCUGCCGCGCCUGCGCACCGGGGUCGCCGCCACCGUGGCCACCAUCUCCCGCUCCGACCUGCGGGGCCAGCUCGGCUCGGCGCCUACCCUCCAGGCAUACCCCAGCUGGACGUGGCACCGCGCUGAGGCCAACUGCUCGGGCCUGAUCUCGGUGUACCGCGUGCGGGCGGACCGCUGCGACCGGCUGUGGGUGCUGGACAGCGGCGUGAUGACCAGCCUGGAGGACUACCGGCCCGUGUGUCCGCCCAAGCUGCUCGCCUUCGACAUGCGCACGGACCGCCUGCUGCGCAGCUACGAGUUCCCGCGCUCCACGCUGCGGCCGCACUCGCUGCUCACCAACCUGGUGAUAGACCCUCAGUCGGGCGGCAGCUGCGACAACGCUUUCAUUUACAUCAGCGACACUGCGUCUCCCGGCAUCCUCGUGUACGACAUGCAGCGUGACCAGACGUGGCGGGUGUCCCACACGACCAUGUGGCCCAGCCCUGACCACGCCACCUACACGGUGGGUGGUGAGUCGUUCACGCUGCCCGAUGGCAUCAUCGGCAUGGGGCUGUCGCCGGCGCCUCUGGCGCACCCUACACAGCAGGUGCUGUACUUCCAGCCGCUGGCCUCGGACAGGAUAUUCUCGGUGCCGGUCUCGGCGCUGAGGACCCGGCCCGACCCCAGCGCCGUGGAGAACUCCCUGCCGGUGUCGCUGGUGGGCUACAAGUCCUCGCAGUCGGCGGCGCUGGCCGUGGACCCCAGCGACGGCUCCGUGGUGCUCAGUCCCCUGGCGGACUACGCGGUCACCUCCUGGGACCCCGUCACCAACGCCAACCACGUGCUGGCGCUGGACCCGGCGCAGCUGCAGUUCUGCUCCGACGUGCGCUUCGCGGAGCGCGACUCGGGCCACGUCUGGCUCAUCUCCUCGCGCCUGCAGAAGCUCUUCAGGAGGACCUACCGCGCGGGCGAGGUCAACUUCCGCGUCAUGAGGAUCCGCGUGGGCGCCGUGCCGUACAACAACUCCCUGCUGCUGGUCUGAGCCGGUCUCCUGGUGCUCGCUGGGAACACUCUUCUGCGGAACCUUUUUGUACGGAAAAUACCAACAUUAAACCAAUUAUUGUUUUAUCAGGAGCGUACACAUCAUUUAAUUUCGUUUGCUUGGAGGGAAGGGAGGACAUAUGUUUGCUUUCAAAUUAUUUUCUUUUUGCUGGUGGAGAAAUUAAUAGUUUAUUUUGGAUUUCUUAGAUUUUCGACGCGUGUAGGGGGUUUGUUGGAGGAUAUAUCUCUAAUCUCUCCCCUACAUAUGCCCCUGAAAAUGUUGAUUUAAGUGUACCAAAUUAUGUCUCAACUCAAAGUACAAACUUUUUUGUUUCCAAAACUUGCUUUUUAUUUGUUUAUACACAGAUACUUAUGAACAAAUAUAAAAAAAAAUUAUAAAUUGCCAUUUAUUGUGAUAAAGACUUAGACAUCUAGCGAAUCAUUGCUUAAUGUUAAUUGACAUUAUGCAGAUAACCUCGUAUAUUUUUAUUAUAUAAGAGCUAAAUUACGACUUAAAAUAAUUUCAACUCGAAGCUAAUGUUCUUGUUGUUUAAACACACGCCUGCCACCGAGCAGUCAGUUGAAGAGUCAGCCACUUCGGAGACACCCGCACUUUAAGGGUGCUUGCACUCAUGCUUAUGUUAUAGAAAUGCAGUGGUUCUGGAUGUGUGGGGCUCGUGGUAUGUGUCAACCAGCAGGGUAGCUUUAUAAUAAAAAUUAGUAUUUUAUUAAGUUAUCCUAAUAAACUGUAAUAAUGCCACAAUUCACACAAAAUAAUUGUUGUGCGGUGAUCGACAACGAAAUGCCACACACAACAGUUUCACAAAUAAUGUCAACAGGUGCAAAAUAAUUUUUUUAAUAAAUGCUACCUUGCUAGACCAUUAUAACAACCUGGGGGAUGCUCCUGUGGUAUGUUAUAGUUUCUGUUUUUGUAAUUAUUCCAGUUUAUAUGUUGGAUUACAUUGGGUUCAGCAAGAACAUAGUGAUAUCCUCAUAAAAAAACAUGUUUUCCAUUCCAACAUUACUAUUUUGACAGUUCUGUGUAAAGUUUUAUUAAGAACUUUUAUUCUUUUUAAAUAAACAUUACUAUAAGUAAUUUGUUACGAUUAUUCUAACCCUACUGGCACAUAACAAUGUGAACAUUUAAUGCAAUCGUUACAUGAUAACUCAAUAAAUAUUUUAGUAGUUCUAAAUAUUUUUCCUAAUAUGAUAUUGAAGGCACCCAUCGUCAGUACUUUUCGAGGUCGAGUAAAACCUCCCCAGCACAUGUCAUGGCAAAAACGACCGACGAAAUUGUUGCUCCUCAGCUCACACACACACACACACACAUAUAAUGUCACCUGAUUUGACCACGCCAUUUCUUCUACUUUCUCGUAAGUUCUCCACAAAAAUAGUUUACAUGGUAAUACAUCCUCACAGACAGGGCCUGCUGUGCGCUGAAUCUUAAUUUCAUCGGCCUACAAGUUCUACGAAACGACUCAUUUGGCCAUCAUUUUCCCAGUGUUCAUGUGUCAGGAUAAGUGAACGGUAGAAAAUAAGGGCUUAUAUUUGCAAAGCACAUCUGCUGUCACACUGGAGUCAUCAGCCUAAUCCAUCGUGACUCAUGCAGCAAUAUUCCCAUGCUGUAUUGUUCAUGACAUUUAUUUUCUUGCCAGGCCUUGCCAAAUGCCAAACAUUAGCCAUCCAUGGUUUCUCCUGGCAAGCCAUCAGUCGUGCCUGACUGGUAAUGGUUUCUUCUGGCAAGCCAUUAAUAGUGUUCGACUGACCAUGAUAUAUUAUGGUGAGCCAUCUAUUGUGCCUAGUUGGCCCUGGUUUCUUCUAGCUAUUCAUCUCUCGUCUACACCUGGUCCUGCUUUCUUUCUGGCGAGCCAUCAAUUUUGUCUGGCUAGCCAUAGUUUCAUCUGGCGAUCCAUCCCCAAAAAGAAAGGCGCUGUGUAGGAAGAUGUUUCCACGGGUAUUAACAAACAUAUAAUUCCUAACUAUACAUACAUACAUAUAAAGUUGCAGUGAAAAGUAGAGACACAAAAAAAAACAUUAAAAAGACUUAAGAAGAAAAAUUAAAAUAAAAUUUUUUUUUUUAUCAAAUUAGCCACAUAAUCCACCGGUCAAUCUUACUAAGUUGUUGGGGAUGAGAAAAUAUCCACGUUAAAGCCUGAUUGUCAGUCCGUAAGUCAAAGGUGUCAAAUUCAAUAAAUCUCUCAAACCUUUCUACAGCAAAUAUACUUGCUAGUGUCUCCUUCUCGUACAUGCUGUAUCUCUGUUCACUAUUACUAAGCACCAUACUGGCAUACAUCACAGAUUGGAGACCUUUUUCUCUCUCCUGAAGAAAAACAGAUCCUAAAGCUUGACUACUUACAUCACAUUGGACAAUAAAGGUUGUGAUAAAUUCGGAUAAGAGCAACACAGGGAUGUGCGUGAUAGCUUCUUUUAGCUGAUUAAAUGCCUUCUUCUGAUCAUCUCCCCAAAUAAAUUCUACUCCUUUCCUUUUUAAAUAAUUCAAAGGUGCACUGAUUUGGGCAUAGUUUGGAAUAAAGCGACUGAAGUAGCCGAGCAUUCCAAGUAAACACAUUAUGUCCUUUACAUUUUUUGGUGCUGAAAAAAUUCACAAUACAAGAUAUCUUAGCUGGAUCCAUUUUUAAUUUACCAUUUUCUACUCAAAAUCCUAAGAAUUUAAUCUGGUUCUUCAACCAACAUGCUUUUUUUUCUUCGGAUUUACAGUUAACCCAGAUUCACGCAAUUUGCUGAACACCAAAGUGAUAUGCUCUACAUGAUCCUGGAAGGUUUCAGAAUUAAUACAAAUAUCAUCUAAACAACUGAUUAUGAACCAUAUUGUUUUCAGGGGGUUACAAACCCCGUGUGUUGCUGACUACUAACUUCUAGCACGCACUGGUGGAACCACAUUCGCAGGGGAUCUGAUACAGUUCUGACAUUGUAACUUGUCUAUGGCUGGUUUGACUCUGGCAAUCAUGCAGACUCCACUCCACUAUCAGAAGCAUGGUUGCCCGAUGCACAGGAGGAGUAGGAGGGCUUAUGAAGGGGAGGCACCAGGUGUGCCAACCACCAGGUGUGCCAGCAACCAGGCGUGCCAACUACCAGGCGUGCCAGCUUGGAGGCAUGUGACUACAUGUGUGAUGUCUGGCACAGUGGCUGAGGCCAGGGAACGAUAGGGCGUAAAUUAUCGUCCCCGCGGCGAACGCAGGCGUAAGGAAUGGAGGUCCAUGAAAGCAGUGGAGUUAGUGUACCAUUUAGACCUGUAAAAGUUGUUAAAAUCAAAAAGCUGUAGGAAAAACUGAAUAAAGGUAUGUAAGAAAUACUAGGUUAUAGAAACUUUCAUUAAAAAUUUAAAAAAAAGGUGCCAAAAAUGCAUUAACUAAUGACACACACAAAAAUUACUAUCAUUUAAAUACAGUGAUUUUAUAAAAAUAUUUUAAAUAAAAAAAAUUUAAUAUUUUCCAAAUCUUUACAUUUAGGCCUAUAUUACACUCUUGGAAAAAUGUUUCACUUAUUUCAGUACUCAAGUAUUCGAUUAUAAAGGGCAUAAAUAAAGUGUAUACUUACAGAACUAAAUGUGUAUAUAUGAAAUGAAACUCGUUCGAUUUAAAGAUAUAAUUAGUAAAUCAAUAAAAUAUGUUUUAAUUAUUCACAAUAUACUGAAACUAAGUUGUGAAGUGUAUCAUUGUAUUACUGAUAUUAAAUGUAAAAUAAACACAGUAUUUGCAACUAAACUUCAGUGUAUAGCCCCAGUCGAGAAUGGAAACUGUUAACCAUAAAAAUAAAGUCUAUAUGCAGCUUAUUUCUUCAAAUUAAAGUAGCAAAAUAAUAUAUAUGUAUUAAAAUUUAAUGAAAAGAUUCGCUCUGUCCAUUGAAGUAAUGGUUUUAAAAUAAAUUUUUGCCUCCGAAACAAAAAAAAAGUU